AUGAGUCUAUGUAAGAAUGGCACAACAUGUAUUGCUAAAGUUAGAAAAGAUAUAUUAACAUAUGAAUGUCACAAUGAAUCAAUUAUUAACAAAACGAAACCAAUCAGAUGUGAUGAAAAAGUGGAAUUAAUAUCCAUUGAUAAAGUUGAAUGGAUUAAACAGCUUAAAGAACUGAAAGAGCUGAAAAUGAAGGAAAUUAAGAAACAAAAUCAUGAAUUAACCAGUGGAAUUAGAAACGGAUCAGAUCAGCAAAUGCUGCAUGAUAGUGAUAAUGAAGACAACAUGACAGAUGUCAACAACACAACAAAUGAAACAAUCCCCACAAAAAACAGUUUGGCAGCGAUCAGUCUCAAUGACACUGCUGCUGGAACCACAAUCGACACCAACCAUAUCCAACUGUCAACAAUUGGUCUUUUGACAUCUUUGGUCUGGUUUCAAUACCUUUAUCAGAUGGCCACAUAA